AUGGAUAACGCCAAACAGCGAGUAGGCGAGGUAGUUGGUGCUGUGAAGAAUAACAUUACCAUGGCAACCGAAAGCGGUCUGCGUGUGGUGCGCCAGUAUUCCGACGAGGGACGUACCUUAGCAAUGCGAACCUUCAACGAUGCAAACAGUGAAGCGGGAACAGUGCUACGAAAUGCUUGGACAAGCUUUAUACAGUUGGUGCAGCGAUUAAAAUCGUCGGCCAGAGAAGUCCUAGAUCCAUCGGUAUUGUACGAAGAGCUUCGUAUCUUUUUUCGCGAUGAAAUUGCCCGCAAUAAUGCCUUUGCGAUACUGAUCGGUCUCGGGUUCGGUACGACCGGUGGUUUCAUGCUGGGAAUGUGGCUCGCCCGACCCCAUCUUCCUACACCCAUCAUGAAAUCGAUCGCUUCGACCUCGUUCCGCGACCCGGACAAUGUGGUCGUCUGUCAAACGGCUGUGCCACAGUUUCAAUCCUCCUCGGACAUUCUGGUCCGUGUACGAGCCGCCUCCCUCAAUCGAAUCGAUCGACGCAUAGCUUUCGGUUACGGACGAACGCUUCGAAGGAUGAUACGUACGUACAACAGCACCUACGAUCCGGAACUUCCCCUAGUGCUUGGCCGAUCGUGUGCCGGAAUUGUGGAAGCAGUCGGUACCGGUUCGAAGAGCGGACUAGAAAUUGGCGACGAAGUAUGGCUAGCAACGCACUGGUACGAGCCCGGUGUUGCGUCGGAGUUUGUCGUUGUGCCGGAAACGCGUGUAUCACGCAAACCGUUCCUGAUCGGGUUUGAAGGUGCGGCCAGCCUACCUUACAGUGGGUCGAUCGCACUGAACCUGCUCGAUUCGCACAACCUCAACGAAGACACCUGCAAGGGACGCCGAAUUCUGGUGCAGGACGCAUGCUCACCGGUCGGGUGCGUCAUUACACAGCUCGUACAUAAAUGGGGCGCACUCGUAGCUGCCACUUGCCAUACGCGGUCCGUACCUGUGAUCAAUAAUCUCGGUGCCGCGGACAUUAUCACCUUCGCCAACGAACACUUUCGAUCGAACUUCAUCGAUGUUAACGUGGAUAAGUCGAACUUUAUCAACGAGCUAACGUCGCGUGACAAGUUCCACUACAUCUUUCUCACAACCCGGCUCGGGUACGAUUACAAGUUUCUGGAAAAGUUCCUUACCAAAGAUGGUGUGAUAGUGGAUGCGGUCGAGCCGGAACUGCGCACGGAUGAUUACGGUGUGAUUGGAAGAUUUUUUCUCGGCUCUUAUGUGAGAUGUAGGAAAGCGGUUGCGUUGCUCUUGCGAACGAACGUUGACUGGGGUGGACCACAUCUGUGCCAUCUGGUGCUGGAACGUUUGGCCGGCUUUGUGAAUGAUGAAACACUUAAGACCGUUGUCGAUCGGGUUUACACACCGAACGAGGUGGAACGAGCUCUGGAGCACAUCUGCAGCGAAAAAAGUAUCGGCAGUACCAUCAUUACCUUCCGGUAG